CGUUGAGUAGGUACACGCUAAAAACGUAUACAAGUCCACAAAUACUCCGGGUGAAUGAUUAGAAUAAAAACGUCAUAAAUGGAAACAAUCAGCGAUCCAAACUUCAUUGGGAUCGAAAAAUCAAUGGUCAAAGGAAUUAUGACCACGCGCAGCAUUAGCAACACCUCUUUCUAUGUUCCUUUUUAUAUGAAGAAAAUAUCGUGAUUUGAUUGGCUAGUCUGUAGGACUGUCGACCAAACAAAUAGAGGCGAAUAUCCAGGUAGAGUCACUCAAAGUUACAACACUUGUGCUACAAACUAGGAAUUUACAGACAAUAUGAUAACGCACGUGCUUUUAGUUGUUUUGGUGAUAUGUUUAAUAUACUUUUACAGACAAAGAAAAGAAAAAAUGCAAAUAUUUGAAAAAAUGAAUAUACCGGGUCCCAAACCAAAUUUCUUGUUUGGAAAUUUACUCUCAUUUUGGAAAAUGCCAUUGUACAAGAAAUUCCAAGAAUGGUAUAAAGACUAUGGAAAAACUUUUGGGUAUUUUGAGGGGCCAACACCAGUCUUAGUAACAGCUGAUGUUGAUCUUCUACAGCAGGUGUUUAUAAAACAGUUCAAGAAGUUCCAUGCAAGAAAGGUUUUUCCCGUUCAAGUUGAUCCAGACAGCGAUGAAAAUGUUCACAUGUUUUUUGCAAGAGGAGAAAGAUGGAGAAGAUUGCGGUCCAUUGUAAACCCAGCAUUUAGUUCUACAAAAAUGAGAACGAUGACACCUCUAAUAAAUCAUAGAAUUGACCAACUAUUAGACAUUAUCCAUGACCACAACACCAAUGAGAGGAGCUUCGACAGUUAUGAGCUUUUCCAGAGGUUAACACUGGACACCAUCGCCGAUUGUGGCUUUGGUAUGAACACAGAUGCUCUCAUAAAUAAAGAUGAUAAAUGCAUGAAGAAUUGCCGAGGGGUGAUACGGGAUACCACAAAACGACCGAUUCUCUUCAUGCUCGGAUUUAUAUUUCCCGCCCUCCAUCGUCUCUGGAUUGGUAUUUACCAUUUCUUGGGUCUUAUUGCAUUUAACCCGGUUUUCUGGUUAGAGGAUGCAAUGAGAAAAAUAGUACAAAAACAGAAAAAGCAGAAGCCCUCGAAAUCAAACCUAUUGGAACUCAUGGUUACUUCAGAAUAUAACCCUGAAAAAAAUGAAAUUGAUGUUGGGGAUGUUGACCAGAAAGACAAUGUGGUCAAGCGGCGGCUGCUGACCAACGAAGAACUCGUAGCCCAAUGCCUGCUUUUCUUGUUGGCUGGAUACGAAACCACAAGUACAACCCUUGCAUACAUCAUGUUCGAAAUGUCGGUCAACCCCGAGGCUCAAAAGAAACUUCAAGAAGAAAUUGAUGAACAUUUUCCCGAUAAUGCAGAUAAUCCGAGCUAUGACCAGAUCCAAAAAAUGGAAUAUCUAGAUAUGGUUUGGUGCGAGACAUUACGAAAAUACCCGCUGGCUAGCACUGUCGUUGCUCGUCAGUGCAUGGAAAGUUGUACUGUCAAUGGAAUUGAUAUCCCAAAAGGCAUGCUGGUCCAGGCCAAUGUGUGGAGCGUUCAUUACAACAAGGAGCAUUGGAUCGAAGACACAGAUAAAUUUAUACCUGAGAGAUUUACUGAACAGAGAAAAUCUGAGAGACACCCUCUGGCGUGGAUGCCAUUUGGGAGUGGUCCAAGGACUUGUGUAGGACUCCGACUGGCGCAGCUGGAAGGAAAAAUGACAAUCAUUCGCAUGCUAAAAAAGUAUUCCUUCAUUCCCUCUGCCAGUCAAGAAAUUCCUAUUCAGUGCGUGGAAGGGGCAACCAUUUUGCCAAAAAAUGGUGUCAAUGUGUGUGCUAUUUUGCGGGAUUUGUAGAAAUGUUUGUUUUCAAGGAAAAAUAUAAAUCCAGUAUUAUACAGAGAUUAAAAACAAUAUACCCGUCCGUAGCUUGCCAACAAUCCAUUUACAUUGUGAAUAUUACACAAAACAUGAACGAUUCAUAUACGUGGGAAGACCUGCGACCAUUUUGUUUACAUGUUAUAAAAGUGAUAUUUGAUAUAAUUUUGAAAUGACUAUGGUGUACGUGUGUGUGUAGAACAAUUGUAUUUAUUGACGAGCAAAAGUAUUUAUUGUAUACGAGAGUGAGAAUGUCUAGUUAAUUUGUUUGAGUGAAAUUUGAA